AUGGAUCUCCUUGUGAGCAUUCCCAAAUCCAAAGAACUUCUUUCCCACUCAGAAACGACGUUUAUCUAUGGUGCCAUGAAUUCAUUUCUCAAAACAAUCAAGUCUCUUCCUAGCAUCAAGAUAGUCGACGAUGCGGCAGCUUCCGAAAGACGAGUCAUAGAUGCUGUCCAAAAACUCGAACAUCUGAUCGACUCCAAUUUAUCGGAUCUAUUAACUCUUUCUUCUGAUCAAUCUGAAAGAUAUGAUCAGACAAGUUUCACUCCGCUGCUCUCCCAACAACUACCAAAAGUCAAACAAGAACUUACUUCGUUCGUCACGACUUUGUUGAAGAUCACCGACGACCAACGACAACAUAUCAGGUAUUCUAAUUUUUCGACUUCUUCUGAUUAUACAUUUGUUGGGGAACAACAAAAUCUUCUGGUGGGAUUGGAUGACCAAAUUAAAUCGCUAAAAGAACGGAUUUUGCAUCCCAUAUCCCUUCCAUUUGUUACGUCAGUUGAAGGCAUGACCGGUAUCGGUAAGACUACACUUGUUAAACAAGUUUACGACGAUCCACUUGUUAUAGAGAAGUUUGAAACUCGUUUAUAUGUGCACAUCGGCCCACGUUAUAAUCGAUCAGAAGACAUUGUGCUACUUGUUCUCAAUCAACUUGGCGUAAUACCCUCUGAUAAUGUAGGCAUAGAUUAUUUGAAUCGUCAAUUGUCGGAGGCUUUAUAUAGUAAAAAGUAUCUACUUGUGUUAGACAACGUAUGGGUCCACGUUGGGUUUAGGCUUCCGGAUAACAGAAAUGGAAGUCGUGUCAUCAUUAUAUCUCAGAUCCAAAGCUCCUAUUAUCGACCUGAUGUUAUGCUAGUACCAUUUCUGAAGGAGGACGACAGUUGGAAACUACUUUAUCAGACGGCAUUUACGAGCGAAGAGGAGUGCAGUCGAGAACUUGAGAAAAUCGGGAAGAAGAUUGCCAGAAGCUGCGAGGGGCUCCCUGCGGCAAUUAUACAGGUCGGAGAGAACCUGCGUGGAAGAUCCUUCCAAGAAUGGAAGACGUUAUCAGAAAAGGAAGACCCACUCGUCAUCACAAGAGAUGACCAUACACCCCUCUCAAAGGCACUUUAUUUAAGUUACAUGAUGUUGCCGCAAAAUCUAAAGAUAUGCUUUCUCUAUAUGGGUGUGUUCCCAAAACAUUAUGGGAUUUCUCGAUCCAAGCUCACCAAAUUAUGGGUUUCUGAGGGCCUUCUGGAUCCAUACGGGAUUGAUUACGAAGAAGAAACUGCCGGAAAGUACUUGGAUCGACUUAUUUGCCUAAGUGUUGCUUUGAGAGAAAAGCGGACCUCGAUAGAUAUUGACACAACUAAGAAUUGUAGACUGCAUUUCACCUUUCGGAGUCUAUGUGUUAAUGAAGCUAAGAGUGAAAAGUUUUUCCAUAUCCUCAAAAGGUACACUGAUUGUACUCCAGAGAACAUCAGAAGCCAACAACGUUUGUGCGUCCACAAUAACGUUGUUCUUGCUUUCGCUCAAGUUCAUGAGUGGAUGGAAUCGGUACCAAAUGUACGAUCUCUUGUUUGUUUUGGUCCAAAACAACAAUAUCCAAUAGUGUUACCUUUGUGUUUUAGAUUACUCAAGGUACUAGAUGCACUUGCAAUCCGCUUCUAUGAGUUCCCACAUCAAAUAAUUGAAUUAGGUCGCUUAAGGUACCUUGCCAUCACGUGUGACGGAGAGCUCCCCAGUUCCAUAAUCAGACUUUGGAACCUUGAAGUCUUGAAUUUUUGUCGGCAUCAUAACAUCAAAUUGUCGAAUAAUGGUCCGGUUUAUCUGCCUAGAGAGAUAUGGAACAUGCAUAAACUGAAGCAACUUUAUUGUAUGGGCUUUGAUCUGCCAACUCCUCCUUCGGAUGAUUCUCAUCUUGAGAAUCUCUUAACACUUUCAGGUGUGAGUGUUCAAAGUUGUACCAAGGAAGUGCUAUUAAGAAUCCCCAACCUAAAGAGAAUAGCCGUUCAGAUUGAGUCAGCACACGACUCAAUGGAAACCUUUACUUUUUUCGGUCAUUUUGCCUCUCUCUAUCAGAAAUUUGAGUCGUUCAAAUGCAUCGUUGUAAAUCCUAAUCUGAGCUCGCAGGUUGUUCAUUGCAUUCCGAAUUUUCCAGUGAACAUUACGAAGAUAAGUCUGAGUGGGUGUGGAUUGCCGUGGGAGAAUAUUGAAGUGAUUGCAAAAUUACCAAAUCUUAAAGUGCUCAAACUGCGAUGGUAUGCCUUUUGCGGCCCCGUGUGGGAAAUCCGUGAAGGACAGUUUCCCAUAAUUGAGUUUGUGCUGCUAGAGGACUUGGAUAUAGAACACUGGGAAUCCAACGGUAAACAUGACUUCAACGGGCCGAGCCAAGCGAUUUUUAGGCAUUGCUACAAACUGAAAAACAUCCCUCGUCAACUGGUGUUUGCCAGACUAGUGGAGGUGGAUGACUGCAGCAUAUCCUUUGUGAAUAAAAUGCGCGAAUGGCGAUCCGUUUUCGGUGAAGAAGCUAAAAUCCGUUCUUCAUGUACUGAUCGAUAA